CUGCUUGAGAUGUUUCAGCAGUACCAGGCCAUGAGGUUUGCCCUAGAAGAGAUUAAUGGACGGUUGGACCUUCUCCCUAACACUACAUUGGGGUUUAUUGCCUUUGACUCUUGUGCUGCUCUGAGGAAAGAACUGGAUGGAACCUUGUGGAUGAUGACGGGUCAGCCCCAGCCAAUACCCAAUUAUCGUUGCCAGGAGAAGCCGCCUUUGGCCGCUGUACUGGGACACACAAUGUCGUCAUCCUCGAUUCUCAUGGCUCACGUGCUGGGAUUGUACAGACAUCCACAGAUCAGUCAUUUCUCUACGAGCUCCUUGUUGAGUGACCGCAGACAGUUCCCCUCCUUCUUCAGGACUGUUCCCAGUGAUGCUUUUCAGUCACGGGGCUUGGCCAAAUUGAUGCUGCAAUUUGAAUGGACAUGGGUGGGGUUGGUUGCAAUUGGAAAUGACUAUGGACAGCAGGGUAUUCAAGACAUCAAGAAGGAGAUUCUCAAGGCUAGAGCUUGUGUGGCCUUCACAGAGUUCAUUGUGGCUGAUGGUGUGAAUCGAAAUAUCCCAUACAUCACUAAAGUCAUAAAGGAGUCAACGUCAAAGGUUGUGCUUGUUUUCGCUAGUGACCUGUUCUUUGUGCUACUGUUGGAUGAGAUGUUGAAGCAAAAUGUUACUGGGAAGAUCUUUGUGGCCAGUGAAGCUUGGUCUACUUCAAAUUUGUUAAGAGUGGAUAAAUACUCUACUAUACUAUCGGGCUCUAUUGGCUUUGCCUUCUACAGCUCAACCAUCCCAGGGUUUGGAGAAUACGCAAGGCUCAUCCAUCCUCAUUACCUUAAUCAUUCAGAGAAAUCCUUAAAUGAGAUAUUUUGGGAGAAAAACUUUUGUUGUCAAUUUCCCAAUCCAAUGGUUAAUUUAACCAAGUUGUGUACCGGAUUUGAAGACCUCUCUACCAUUAAUAAUGUCUACACCGACGUUUCCAGUUUAAGGGAUUCCUUUACUAUCUACACUUCUGUACAAGUCAUUGGCAAAUCGCUUCAUGACAUGACCACCUGUUCGGAAGGAAGAGGACCUUUCCACAAUGGAAGUUGUGCUAACUUACAGAGCUUCCAACCUUGGCAGGUGGUAAUCAUAAGAAAGCAAAGUUACUUCUGUAAAGUCAGUUGUGGAACUGAUUAA